AUGGUGAUUGGUGAUGGAAGCAACAUACGCUUUUGGACUGACAGUUGGGUGGAGAGGGGUGUGCUGAAAGAUCUAUUUCCUAGGAUGUUCGCCCUUGCUAAAAAUAAGGAAGGCUACGUUGAGGAUUUAGUUAUCUCGUUUAAUACUUGGAAUGCUGGUCCCGUGGGGAAAAGUGAGUUCAAAAUCUGGUGCAUGGCUUUCUAUGCUAUUUUGUGGUCAGUGUGGUUGUAUAGAAAUGAUAUGGUCUUUAGAGGAGUCACUUGGAAUGCUGAUAAGGUUUUUGAACUUGUUAAACUCAGAGUAGCCUUGUGGGCUCAAGCUAAGUGGCCUCUCGAGUACGGUGUGGUAUUAGAUACUUUCAAAUAUCCAGCUAAGGGCGCGAUGGUUAAGAAAAGAAAGAUAACUAGAGUCGUGGAGGAGUGGAGUAAACCACACAAAGGGGAAAUGAAAUAUAAUGUAGAUGGGGCAGCUCAAGGCUGCCCUGAGGAGGUAGGGAUUGGGGGCAUCAUUAGAGACGAUGAAGGAAAUACUAAAAUUGUUUUUUCAAAAGUUAUAGGGGUAGAAGAUGCUAGUGCAACUGAAGUCAGAGCAAUUAGAGAGGCUUUUUUUAACUUUCGCAAGUUCAAAAUGGGCUUCCACACAUUCUUUAAUUAUUGA